AUGGCCAGUCGUCAGUCCAGAUUAGAGGCCGAAAAGUUGGCCAUCAUCCAGAAGUCCAUGUCAAGGGGCCGUUCCAACUCCCCUUCCAAUAGCAAUAGCAGAUCCUCGUCUACCCUGAAUGACGAGUUCAACAAUAAAGAUAUCAAGUGGUCCAUCACCAACCAUGACCCACUGGAGCGGUUAAGGGACCCCAACGAGCGGGGUGAUGAUGAGGAUACCGCCAAUGCUCUUUGGGAAAACGAAAUGUCUGAAGAGGAACAUAUCAGUGAUGACGACGAUAACGAGAAGUUCCAGUACGACGGAACCGGCAACAUCUUGCCUAACUACGCAUGUCAAGACGAAAAGAUUCUGGAAAUCUCUACCAUCUUGCAGCACUCCAACUUGAAUGACAGACAGACGAUUAAGAAGCUUGAGGAGUUGACCGCUACCGAGAGAGCGGUGGCCAACGCUCGCAACAUCGGCAACGAUGUAGAUCUCGAUGUGGUUGAAAAGCUCACCCAGAACAAGCAUGCUCUUACUGGUAAAGAUGGCUUGGACCUCUACAACUCUGAUCAGGAUGCCGAGUCCAGAAGACAGAAGUUGGAAACAUACCAGGCUUACAGGCGAAAGAUCAUUGACCAAGAGAACGAGCAAUUGCGUGGGCAACACAGUGCAAACUCUGGGAAGAAGGAACCAGGACUGGAGAAUGAUAGCCAAGAUACUGAAGGCUUUUUGGCACCCUACACAUCUGCCGUGGAGGAUAAAUUGGACUCCGAAUUUGCAUCCCAAUUGAACGAGACAAUCAAAGAAGGCGAAGUGGAUUCGAACAUCUCUCACUCAAGAGUUAUCCAGACAAUCACCCGUGGUAACUUUUUCCAGCUCAUCAAUCCAAAGGUUAAGCCCAAGAUGUUCCUUCUUUGUAUGGACUUUAGUCCCGAAUCCAUCUUUGCACUUGAGUGGUGUUUAGGUACUGUGUUGGUCGAUGGCUCUGUCUUAUUCAUUGUCUGUGUUAUUGAAGAUAACGAUGCCAACCAUAACUUGAAGGGUAACUCGCCAAAUGAAAGAGAAUCUGCCAGACUCAAUAUGCUUAACCGUGCAAAGCAACAAGUGUUGAACUUGUUGAAAUUGACAAAGCUACAAAUCCACAUCGUCAUUGAAAUCAUUCAUCAUCCAAUACCUCGUCACCUUAUCUUGGAGUUUAUCGAUAACCUCCAACCAACGUUGGUUGUGGUCGGCUCUAAGGGACUGAGUGCUAUCAAAGGUGUCUUGUUAGGUUCAUUGUCGAACUACUUGGUCACCAAAUCUACUGUCCCAGUGAUGGUAGUAAGAGAGAAAUUGAAGAAGAUAAACAGAUUCAAGAACGGCUCUUCCAUCUUCUCCAACAACAUCAAGCCGUUGACCUUGUCUGAAGCUAGAGUUGAUUAA